AUGGGUGCUGCUUGUCAAUAUUAACAAUAAGGUUCUGAUACUUGCUACAAUCAAGAAACACAAUGGUAUAUCCCUAUAUCAAAAGAGUUUAAACCAAAAGCUAUAAAUACUAGUAUUAAACAUGAUUUAAGGGCUAAUUAUCUCGAGUUGGAUUGUUAAUACUGUGAUAGACCAGAAAUGAAAGAAAUGGGUGCCUAAACUUAGGUUACAUUUUAUAAUAUAAAUUAAUGUGUCACUUAAAAGAAAAAGAACAAAACUUAGAAAAAAUAGAAACAGUAAAAAUGCAAGGAGAAAGUAAGUUUUGAAAAUUCUGAAUCAAGCAAAAAACGUUCAGCUAGUCAAUCAUCUAAAACUUAAAAUAUACACUUUUUAUAUUAAUCUUAUACAAAUUAGAGAAAAAAUUAAUUUUAAGAAUUUUAGCCAUAUGUAGUAUUGAUUAACUCUCAAAAAGUAUCACCCUCUCAUGUAGAAUAAGUUUCAAUAGACUGA